AGGGAAUCUUGGAGGAGAAUCAUCUGGAGGUAUAAAAACAACUGAAGAUUGCAAACGAAGGACACUGAAGUUGAAGUGAUCUAUGACGAUUUGCGAAGUGCGUACGUAAAAUAAGAUGGCAUUGUUUCGGACAUUACCCGCCGGAAUUGGCGCGACCUCAAAACUUAUCUCAAGAAGCGUCCCGGCCGUAUCUUAUCACGCAAAUGUUUUGGAUCACUACGAAAAUCCCAGAAAUGUUGGCUCACUGGACAAAAGCGAUAAACAAGUUGGCACAGGCUUAGUAGGAGCACCCGCCUGUGGUGAUGUGAUGAAACUUCAGAUUAAAGUUGACGAGAAUGGCAAAAUAGUUGAUGCAAAAUUCAAGACUUUUGGUUGUGGUUCUGCCAUUGCCUCAAGUUCUCUUGCAACCGAAUGGGUGAAGGGAAAGACGGUGGAUGAAGCAUUGACAUUGAAAAAUACCGACAUCGCAAAGGAGCUUUGCCUUCCGCCAGUCAAGCUGCACUGUUCGAUGCUUGCCGAAGACGCGAUUAAGGCUGCUUUGUCGGACUAUCGAAUCAAACAACAGAACAAGAACAAAGCAAGCAGUGAGAAUUAAAGCGGAACUAUGUAAUAGUAAAAAAGUAGGUAAUCAAUAUGGCGUACAAAUAUUAAUUAAGAAAAGUAUAUUGGACUAUUAUAUCGUUACACAUUUAAAUACGUAGCUGUGGGAAUAUAGACAUUCCUCUGGCUAUAUGAUUUUUUUUUUUUUUUUUUUUUUUAAUGUUUAAUAAUGAGAUAGACGCAAAUAUUGUAUCAUAGUAUAUAUUUUACCAAACAAAAUAAAUUAAAUUUCCAAGUA